GCUACUUUUAUCACGUUAUCGCGGUGUUUUUUGGGUGUUUUCUGUUUUGCUGCGGCUCUAAACUCCCGUGGAUUUUUCACUCAGAGCAGGAGACAUUUAAAACCACGUUAGAGCCAACUGUUCGCUCAUUUUACAGGUAAAUCCGCGGUUUUAUUGGAGAUUGUGGAGUCGGUGUGGGACUGUUGAGCGACGGUGAGCGAGGCCGUUGCCAUGGUGAUGGUCGGGACGAAGCCGCAGAGCAGACCGGGAAAAGGAGUCUCUAGCCCGGCCAAGACUCAGACUAACGCCCGGGGGAUGGACGCCUCCUCCGGACUCGAGCCAGAGGCCAAUGGCACAGAAUCAGAUGAUGAGAUGAGCUACAGUGAGUCUGAGGACCACGAGGAGCUGAAGGUCCAGGCCUCAGUCAUCAGGAAAUCUCUGAGGAUUCAGAAUGCCAAAUUGAAAGGCCUGAGGAGGAGCUCCAGAAUCACCAACAGAAACCAGACAUCCAACAUGUUUGAUGGCCUCAGCACCAACACUGUGCGGUCGGUGCUCAAGACGGUCAACGAGAUGAAGAACAAGAAACGCCUUGCGACCAGCAGAGAAGGAAAGAUCUACUCCAAAGCCCAGAGGAGCAUGACGCCGCUGCCCCCUCAGCUCUCCGACACUGAGCAGGUCAAUGGAGAGGCAGAGCCUGUCAAGGACCAGGACAGCGACUGUGGUCAGAGUGUGGACGCCAAAACCAGCCGUGCCUCGUCUCUCUACAAUGCCGGGGGCAACGAUUUGUUCAGAGGCACUUUCCGGAUCAGCGCCUCAGGUCCAAACAUCCCACGAAGAGGAAGCUUCAGACCCACUCCGUCUCCCUGGGUGAACAAAGCCGACUCAGGAGAAGACUCGGAUGAUUCGGACAUUCACAGUGCCAUGGCCAGGUGUCGCCCUCUGAACCUGAACCUCCUCGGGACACGGCGAGACAAACUGAGCUCUGGGGCCGGACUUGCAGACAUUGAUCCCAUGGCCAUCGACCAGACAGUGGGCUUUGACAGCAUCGGGGGUCUGUCUGGACACAUCUCUGCUCUGAAGGAGAUGGUGGUGUUUCCUCUGCUUUACCCCGAGGUCUUCGACAACUUCAAGAUCCAGCCGCCCAGAGGCUGCUUGUUCUACGGGCCCCCGGGCACAGGGAAGACCCUGGUGGCGCGGGCUCUGGCCUCUGAGUGCAGUCAGGGCUCUCGCAAAGUGGCCUUCUUCAUGAGGAAAGGAGCAGACGUCCUGAGCAAGUGGGUGGGCGAGUCUGAGAGACAGCUGCGCCUGCUGUUCGAGCAGGCCUAUCAGAUGCGUCCCUCCAUCAUAUUCUUUGAUGAGAUUGAUGGUUUGGCUCCGGUUCGCUCCAGUCGACAGGACCAGAUCCACAGCUCCAUCGUGUCCACGCUGCUGGCCCUGAUGGACGGGCUGGACAAUCGGGGCGAGGUGGUCGUGAUUGGAGCCACAAACCGCCUGGACUCCAUCGACCCCGCCCUGAGACGGCCAGGACGCUUCGACAGAGAGUUCCUGUUUGGACUUCCCGACAGAGAGGCUCGUGCUGAGAUCCUGAAGAUCCACACGCGUCAGUGGAGACCUGCUCCAUCAGACGACUUCCUGCAGGAGCUGGCAGAGAAAUGUGUCGGUUACUGUGGCGCAGACAUCCGUGCGGUGUGCACGGAGGCGGCUCUGUGUGCACUGCGUCGCAGAUACCCUCAGAUCUACGGAACAUCUCAGAAGCUGCUGUUGGAUGUGAGGUCCAUCACAGUGACCAGCACAGACUUUGUAAACGCCAUGAAGAGUAUGAGUCCCUCUGCACACCGCUCCAACCCCUCACCCGCCAAACCACUGACCGCCACUGUCCUGCCUCUGCUGUCUGCUGCUCUACAGGGGGCGCUACAGAGAGUGCAAAGGCUGUUUCCCCAUGCUGAGCAGGCCAAGAGGAAGAGAGAGCCAGCACUCACAGCUGGUCUGCAUGAUGACGGAGUGAUGCCUGGAGGAGACGAGAGCGGCACCAGUAUCUCUGCCUCUGGAAAAACACGCAAAUUUCUGCACUUCGCCAGGAGCGCGGUGCGGCAGCCCACCUCUCACCGGCCACGUCUGCUCCUCGUGGGACGUCCUGGCUCAGGUGAGAGCUCUCACCUGGGACCCGCCCUGCUUCACGCGCUGGAGAGCUUCACUGUGUACAGCCUGGAGACCGCCGCCAUCUAUGGUGUCAGCAGCACCACACCAGAGGAGGCCUGCACUCAGGUUUUCCGUGAAGCCCAGCGCACCUCGCCCAGCGUCCUGUACCUGCCUCACCUGCAGCAGUGGUGGGAGACAGCAGGGGGCGCUCUCCGCUCCUCUUUCCUCACUCUGCUGUCAGGGAUCCCCUCCUUUGCACCCGUCCUCCUGCUGGCCACGACCUGUACUGCAUACUCAGAGCUUGAUCCUGAGGUGAAGGCGCUGUUCCGUGAGGAGUAUGGAGAGUUGUUCUUCCUCCCAGCCCCCUCCGUCACAGCGAGGACCGAGUUCUUUAGUGACCUCAUCCUGAGACAGGCCACCGAAGCUCCACCCUCCAACAACAGCUCGCUGUCGCGCCCGCUGGAGAUCCUGCCCCUGGCCCCGCCCCCUCCUCCGCGCCAGCUCUCAGAACAAGAGCGCCACCAUCUGGAGGAGCAGGAGGAGGAUGUACUGCGUGAGCUCCGCCUCUUCCUGCGAAACAUUACUGAGCGCCUGUCCCUGGACCGACGCUUCAACGCCUUCACCAAGCCAGUGGCCAUCGAGGAGGUACCAGAUUACCUGAUGGUCAUCAAACAGCCCAUGGACCUGUCCACUCUGCUCACAAACAUCGACAAGCACAAAUACAUCACUGUGAGCGAGUUUGUGACAGACGCUGACCUCAUCUGGAAGAACGCACUGGACUACAACCCAGACAGUGAUUCUAUAGACCGUCACAUCCGUCACCGCGCCUAUGCCCUGAAGGACACCCUGCACGCCAUCAUCAGAGACGACCUGGACCAUGACUUUGAGCGUGUGUGUCAGGAGGUCAAAGAGAGCCGCAUGAGGAGAGCUGCUGCUCUGGAUUACGACAUCGAGGACGUUCACCUGCGCACACUGAAGAGGAAGCGCUAUCGUCGAAAGUCCAAAUGGAGCACAGGCGUCAUCCCCAAACCCAAGAAGAAGAAGGCCCCUGUGGCGCCCCCUACAGCCUCGUCUGAGUCUUACUCCUCGCUUUCGUCUCUGUCCGAGUGCUCCGAGAACGGCCAUGCCCCUAAUGCCCAACUCAACGGCUUCGAACGGCGCUCCGAUCACCUGACCAACGGCUUCCACAGGACCAUCGUCCCUCCAACAGCUGCACCACAUCUGAGCGCCGGGAGAGGAGAGCGUCAGAAGAAACUGGCUGAUAAAGUGGUGAAUGAACAGAUGAAGCUGCUGAACAAACGGGAAAACGGACGCAAAACCAGCACAGAGCCCCUGGUGAUUGACCGCAGUAAACUCAAGGAUCUGCUGCAGCGCGCGGUGGUGAAGACAGAGGGCGCUGAAGUGGAGCCUUUAGAGAAACUAUACACUGUUCUGGCUCAGUCGAUUUACCGUCACCGUGACAACGCCAACAAGUCCGACCUCAUCAAGGAGAUGAAGAGAGAGAUUGAGAGCUUCUCCUGAGUUUAUUUGAAGAAUAAACUUUAAAUGCAUCAGAAAUUUAAACCUGGUUUCCUGUCACUUUAACUCAAAAUACCUCAACAAUAUUUAUAAUUAUUUAUUAUGUAACAUUUAAAUACAGAGCUAUAUAUUUAUACUGGUUUAUUUGAUUGUUAUGGUGCAGUGUCUGAUUAUGGCUUUGUGAGUGUAAUAAUUGUGUCAUAUCAAUAAAAGUUGAAGCAGAA